ACGGUGAGCUUUAAACUUACAGUGAUUUACAUAUGAUUGGAAAUGAAAAAGCCGCAAGAUAGAUUUCAAACUAAAGAAUUUGUAUAUGCUUUUUUUCCAAUGCAAAUCUAAUCAAACAAAUGAAAACUAAUCAACUUAUGAAACACGAAACACCUAUCGAUCGAUGGAUAGCGUAAAACAAUCCUCAGAAAUUAAGUAAGAACAUACUUCUAAGUGAAGAGACGAUCGAACACUUUCUAGUCAUAGUGGUCAAUCGAGCUCUCAAGGGCUGAAACGAUUUUAGACUUAAAAGCACACGUUUGGCAAUACCUGAAAAAUCUAAUUAAAAAUGACCUCAAUCAUUUUUGGAAUAAGAUUUAUUCAUGGGCAGAGCUUGAGGAAAAUCCUUUUGAUUAGGCGGCGUUUAGCGAUUCUGAUUCAGCUUUUUCCUGUAUUGUUGCCGGACACAUGUCGACUGAGAAGUUAUUCCCAGGAGAUGCUUAAACCACUCUCUAUUAAAGCCAUAAGAUUUCCUGCCCCUUUACCUUCCUCCGAUUUCAUGCUAGAGAGAGAACGACUGGUUGAACAAGUUGUUCCGAGACGUAUACUUAUCUUGCAUUUAGCUUCCAGAUCGACAUGGUAGACGUUUCCUUGGCCAGUUUUACAAAUUUUACAAACAAAACUAGCGGACAAGGCGACACAGCAGAUGUAUCUCCGGUGGCUGGUGCCAUAAUCAUAAUCAUCAUCAACACCAUCACUUUUCCCUGCACAGUUGUGCUCAACGCACUUGUGAUAAAGGCUGUGAAAACGACGCCUCGACUCCGUACCAACAGCAACAUCUUGCUGGCCUGUUUAGCGGUGACCGACGCCUUAACUGGUCUCCUUGGCCAGCCAUUGUUUGUCCUGUGGAAGAUUUUCCUAUUAGUUGGUCUCAGUAACAGUAAAAUAGUUGAAAACUGCAAUUACACAAUUGUGAUUAUAACACUUACAGCUUCAUUCUUUCAUCUGAUGUUCGUUACUUUCGAGAGACUCAUAGCUAUCAAAUUUACAAUGCAAUACUCAAACACUAUAACUGAUAAUAGCAUGAAGAGAGCAGUGUUAGUAGCUUGGAUCAUUUCCUUUAUUUUUGGAGUUUUUGAUGUGAUAGAAUGGGAUCUAGUAGUACGUUCUCUGUCUGGUGUUCUUACUGCUUCAUGUAUUAUUUUCCUUUCUGUCGCUUAUUUCAUCAUGUAUCGUGAAACACGUCGUCACCAAGAGAAAAUUAAAACUCAGCAAAUGCCCCAGGAAGAAGUGGAAAGAUUUACCAAAGAAAACAAAGCGCUUAAGACAACUUUAUAUGUAGUUGGUGCUGUUUUUGUUUGUCUUCUUCCACUUUGUUUCUGUCUUAUUGUUAUAGCUACAGGUCUUUCUGAAAGUUGCCCCAUCGAUCUGUCAUUGAUGCAAACAUGUGCCAUGUUAAACUCGUUUGUUAAUCCACUGAUUUACUGCUGGAGACAAAAAGAGAUGAGACAGGUCAUUUUUGGAAUAAGACCCGCGGUAGUGCAUAUACACAACCAGUGAAGGAAGGGAAUUUGGUAGAAAGUGUUAAAACCUUAGGUACCACAUAUCUAAAAUUUGCUGACGUCUUUUCCAGCCACUGGAUAAACAAAAUUCCUGAGUUACUGGUUUUUUUUUUGGUAAUUAUG